AUGGCGGCCCAGACACAAGUCCGUGGGUGUACCCGACAUCCAGGGAUGGGGUUUGUUUGUGUUUGUAAAUCGUGUGAGGACCAGUUACUUUGUAUAGACUGUGUAACAGACAGUCACAACGGUCAUACUCUUCGGAAACUUACUGAUUACGUGGCAGACCAGAAACGGGAAAUACAGCAGUAUGUUGACAAACUCUCCAAAACCGACAUUCCUAAAAUCGAGCGGGAUAUUCGUGAAAGUGAGACAAACGGAGGAGGAGGAUAUCAGAAAACCAUCAGUGACAUUAAACGUCAGGGGAAACAGCUGAAAGACAACAUCGAUAAUGCUAUUGACUUGUUAGUGAAGAUGUGUACCGAACUAGAGAAAUUGAACACAAGCAUUGCUGAGAAAAACAAAACUUCAUUGUCCAAACAUCUGACGAAUGAGUUAAAGUCAAAACUGGACAGAUGCCAGGAAGUACUUACAUCCGGUACAACCGUUGACGUCACUACAUUAGCACGAGAAAUCAGGAAUACCUCAACUGUCCCACACACUCUAGAAAGAUUGCAGACAGUGGAGUUCAAACCCGGGGCGAUAUCAACCGAACUCCUGAAAGGCAUGAUUGGUAAGAUACUAGUCGAUGGCGCUGACCAGUCGUACAAACCGUUAUCGAAGCCUGUGGCUCUGCCCGAGUUUACAAUGUCAUUUCCUUACAAUACAUGUCGUGUAUGUCUUACUGGUGAUGAGGCAUGGCUAUCUUACUGGGACAGUGAUAAGGUGUACCGAGUGGGUUUAAAAGGCAAUGUGAAGGAAACUGUUGAGUGUAAAGUCAAAGUCAGUUCGAUAUCCGUAUCCCCGACCACAGGCAGAGUGUGGUUCUGUGUGCGUGAAGACCGAAGUAUCCGGGAAAUCACGACGGCUGGUGACGUCGUUACACGCUUUAACGUUAACAACAAACCGCUUUGUUUGUGUAUCACUAGUGAUGACAUGGUGGUGGUGGGGAUGGAGGGAGAAAUACAACUGUACACUACAGACGGCCGGGCAGUGUCAGCUGGACCAGGCGGUCCUUGUCGACAGGUGGCAGUGUAUCCUCAUCACGUGACAUCCUGUACAUAUACCGGGGACAUAGCUGCUGUUGAUAGUGAUCGCGUGACGUAUAAUGACUACAUGGCCGGUAAGGAACCAGACAAACAACCACAUGUCAUCGUGAUGGAUAAACACCUAAACCUGAAGUUUCUCUGUAAAGACAUUGGUACAACUAAAUCGCACGGAGAGGCCGACGAAUCAUUGAAGUUUAACCCGUAUGAUGUUUGCUUUGAUCGAGCUGGUGAUAUCCUCAUAGCGGAAUUUGUCACCAAGUCAGUACUCCUGAUUGACAGGAAUACUGGACGCGGUAUGAGGACUGUUUAUGCCUCUGAUGUAGAGGUUCCAUGGUGUGUAAGUCUUAACGAGAACGGUACCUUUCUGAUCGGACACAUGGGUGGAAGAAUGAAGGUACUUCAAUACAAAUAG